CUGAAUACCCCCACACUCCGCCCGGGCGUUAAUUUUUCCCAUGCAUGUCGACGACGAUUAGGCAGAAAACACCGAUUCGGACACAUUCACGAUGCCUGAAAUCGAAACAUUGGAAGACGAGAAUCUUGAUGAGAUUGACGAGACUUUAACUGAAAGACUCGUGGGUCUGACAGAGAUGUUUCCAGAGUCUGUGCGGAAAGGCACGAGUACUGCUGCAAAGGGGAUGGUUAGUGGUGCUAAGUGGCUUUACAGCUUCACUGGAAAAACAAUAUGGAUUUUGAGUACAUCAUUUGUAAUACUCGCUUUGCCAGUUAUCUUUGAAGUGGAAAGAGUCCAAACAGAGGAGGCACAACUUCAACAGCAGAGACAAAUACUUCUUGGCCCUGGAAGUACAGGUGCUGGAAUGGGACUGCCUCCAGUAUACCCUGCUUCUCAAUCACAACGAAAUUAGAGCGCUAAUUAUUUUGUAAGAACAUUCCUAACCAUUUUAUUAGAUGUCACCAAACAUGGCAAAACACAGUUGUAUUUGAAGACAUGAAGUGUGACGGAUGUGACCAGACAGGAUGUUAGCUUUGAGAUGUAUGUACAUUAAAGAAUGACCCUGAAAUGGAA